ACCCGAGAGAUUUUCGGUGGAGUGUUAUCACAGAUUAGUGAAAAGUGGAGAAACCAUAUCCAAGUUUGAUAUAAAUACACGGUAAAUAGACGUGAUUUAUCGGUCUGCUCAAGUCUACAGAUCAAGUAUACGAUAGUUUCGUCUGCACAUACGGUUAUGUAAAAACCAAACUUUAUUUCAACAUUCAGCAAAAUCCACCCCCUCAAAUAUCUAUUAUGCACUCUCAGGAGACUAAAUAAUCCACCUUUUCAAAAAUGACAGAACAUUAUGGAUCAAGAAGUGCCCUGAGUGAUGGAAUCGAAGCAGGCAAAAGCUAUGCGAACAUCCAGAAUUCCAGUUCAAGAAACAAGUCUAAUCAUGAGCUGGAAUUGGACAUACCGGGCAGUCCCAACUACGGUCUGUCUGAGACGAGAUCCCAUUUGCUGACGCUGUUGCAAGACACCCCCGAAGCCCCAUCGAAACCUACAGGCAUUGCUUCUCGUUUGAAUGUUUUAUCCCUAAGUGACCUGAAAUGGAAGGAACUGCAACUAUCAGCUGGACAAUCGCGCAGGAUUGAUAAGCAUGCCAAUGUGGAUGCUGUGGAUACUUUUGCACUCUUCUUCGAGCUACCACCAUGGAAUGUAAAUAAUAUCAGGUCACUUUACCUAUGGGAAAUCCAGUUGAAUAGACUACUCGAUAAGUUUCCAAGCUACAUCUGGAUGAUUAAGAAUCCUACGGUUGCAACUUGUGCUCCGUCUGAGAUUGGUAUCGAAGGCUAUGUAGGAUUGAGAGCCAAGAGAUACAUUACAACAUUCGAUAAUGAGCUAAAAAAUCUACUUGAAGAAGCCGAACUCCUUGACCUUGAUGCACAAUGUCCAAAAGAUACUGGAAUAUUGUAUUUGAUUAGUCAGACUAUCAAAAGUAAAGCCGGAGAAAUUCUACGUUAUCAAAUCAAAGAAUUCUUGGAAUGGAGAAGAAUGAGAAGAUAUAUACCUACUCUGGCGUCGAUAAAUGUACGGGAGGUUCACCCAGUACCUAAAAGGUUACUGUUCGUGCUUACAAUACUAAAUAAAUUUGAAGCUCUUGAUAUCUAUCUCAAUCCACCUGAGGGAAGGGGUUGCGAACGAGUUGUGCUAGAUGAGAUUGUAAGAAUCUAUGAAAAGUAUUGCAAUGAGGAUUACGAAGAAAUGAUUCAUGAGAUUUUGGAAGAUCUCAACGUCCCAAUAGAAAAUAAGUUGAUCAAUAAAGUAUUGAGAGUGACCAUAGCUGAAUUUGAGAAGAUGUUGCAAAGUAUAGAUGCUCCACAUGACAAAAUCAUUGCGAACAAAGGCUUUAAUGUUCUGGAAAAAGAGUCACCCAAGAGCAGGUCAACAAAGAGUGGCAAAGGUAAAAGCAAGGAAAAGUGGCACCGGGAGUGUUUGAGAAAAAUGAAAGAACUGGCAUCUAGAAAAUCGGCGGUCAAUGCACUAGACACCUUGGAAGAUACAGAUUUGAACUUAGUGUUUUUCAUGGCGCUACAAAAUACUUAUGCUGCUAUUGAUAUAUAUCUAAGACUACUUGAUGAAAGCGACAGCAAGCGCUCAUUGCACGAAAUUGGGGAUGACUAUUUGGAGUAUCGCAAAGAGGACUACGAAGUCAUGUUCCAACAAAUUAUGGAAGAUUACAACGUUCCAAAAGACCAGCGUGAUUUGACCAAGGUAGCUAUGAAACGUACCAUAGUUACCUUUGAAAAUCGGUUACAAAUUAUGGAUGUGUCUCAUACCAAUAUCUUAUCUCACCCGGACUUUCUUAUGUGGUGAGUCACCUAAAAAGGCAAUCAAAUGUACGAACAAUCGCCAUAGUAAACACAAGGGGAAACGGGUCCAGGAUGAUAAUACACACGUGAAGAUGAUUUGUUUAAAUUCGAGGUCCGCUUGUGCACUUGUGCAUUAUCCUGUUCCGGUAGCAUCUAGAUGAUGUAUUUAUUUGAGUUGGAAGUCAAGGAAGUGGGAGACUUGUCAAUCAAAUUAGAUGAAAAUUCUCCUAACUUUUCGUAAUGGAGCA